AUGGGUGCCUGCAUGUCCAGCGGUCCCGUAGAUGUCUCCGAGGAGGACAAGAAGCGGCACAAAGAGGCUGAGAAGAGUCUCCGAGAGGCGCGUACCACCAUGCUCGCGCAGUGCGCCCACCGUGCCAAGGCACGGCUGUCCAAGCAGGUCAAGGUGCUCCUGCUCGGCUCCGGAGACUCGGGCAAGUCGACCAUCCUGAAGCAGAUGCGGCUCAUCCACCGCGUCCCCUUCUCGCCGCAGGAGGUCGAGUCGUACCGCCAGCUCGUCUUCAACAACCUCACACAUGGCAUGAAGUAUGUCGUCGACGCCAUGGAGGAUAUGGAGCUCUCGGUCCUCCCCGACAACGAGGACAACGUGCAGAUGGUCAUUGACGCGGCCGACCUCAAGGACGGCGAGCCAUUCCCCACGGAGUACUACGAGCCUCUAAAGACGCUAUGGGAGGACCCCAAUAUACAGAAAGCCUGGGAGCGCGGGAACGAGGCUGCGUUGCCGGACAAUCUGGUGUACUAUUUCAGCGACCUCGAUCGACUGUUCGACCCUUCGUACACGCCGAAUGAGCAGGACAUCGUGCAGGCUCGUGCACGGACGAUUGGCAUCACGGAGACGAUGUUCUCGCUCAAGGAUCACGAGAUGCUCAUGGUUGACGUCGGCGGACAGAAGAGCGAGCGACGGAAGUGGAUCCACUGCUUCCAAGAUGUCACUAGCAUUCUGUUCUUGGUCAGUCUCAGUGGAUACGAUCAAUGUCUUGUAGAAGACAGGGACGCGAACCAAAUGCAAGACGCCAUGACAAUCUGGGACUCAAUUUGUCAUUCGCAAUGGUUCAAGAACACAUCAAUUAUCCUGUUCCUCAACAAGAACGAUCUGUUCGAGAAGAAGGUCGUACACUCAGAUAUUCGGAGCUUCUUCCCCGACUACGACGGUCCAUCCGGUGACGCGGCCUCAGGGCGAGAAUACUUCAAGAAGCGAUUCGCACGGCUAGCACAAAAAGCAAACCAAAAGGAGCGCGAGGUUUACAUCCACACGACGACCGCAACAGAUACCGAAAUGCUGAGAGUAGUCAUGGCCGCAGUAGAAGUGUUUCCUUCUGUUGUCGUCCCCGCAAAUCCCCCUUUCGUGCGCUCUUCAUUCCCGGCCAAAAUGCUUAAUGUCCUUCCAUCCCCCCUGCAUCACAUCAGCAUCAUCCUUCGCCAAAGUCUGCAAACUGCGGCUCUCAUCUAG